CGCCUGGCCUCCCGCGCCGCUCGCCUCCGACGCAGCCCGGCGCUCGGCCGCCAUGUACCCGGCCGGGGGAGCCGCCCCCGGGGCCGCCGCGGGGCCCGUCCUUACAACACUGCCAUCACUGCCGCCUCCAAUGCAGACAUAUGCAUUUAAACCUCCCCCUCGACCUGAUUUUGGUACUUCAGGAAGAACAAUCAAACUGCAAGCCAAUUUCUUUGAAAUGGACAUUCCCAAAAUGGACAUUUACCAUUAUGAAUUGGAUAUAAAGCCUGAGAAGUGUCCUAGGAGAGUUAACAGAGAAAUAGUUGAACACAUGGUCCAGCAUUUUAAAGGGCAGAUAUUUGGAGAUCGCAAGCCAGUAUUUGAUGGGAGAAAAAAUCUCUAUACAGCAAUGCCGCUUCCCAUAGGAAGAGAUAAAGUGGAAUUGGAGGUCACAUUACCAGGAGAAGGGAAGGACAGAAUAUUCAAGGUGGCCAUCAAGUGGAUGUCAGUUGUGAGUCUGCAGGCAUUGCACGAUGCUCUCUCUGGUCGUCUUCCAAGUGUUCCUUUCGAAACCAUUCAGGCUCUUGAUGUUGUGAUGAGGCAUCUGCCUUCUAUGAGAUAUACUCCAGUGGGCCGAUCCUUUUUUACUGCAUCGGAAGGAUGUUCUAAUCCUUUGGGAGGCGGCAGAGAAGUUUGGUUUGGAUUCCAUCAGUCAGUCAGGCCUUCACUGUGGAAAAUGAUGCUGAACAUUGAUGUCUCUGCAACAGCAUUUUAUAAGGCACAGCCAGUAAUUGAAUUUGUAUGUGAAGUUCUUGAUUUCAAAAGUAUUGAAGAACAACAGAAACCUCUGACAGAUUCCCAAAGGGUUAAGUUUACCAAAGAAAUUAAAGGUCUUAAGGUGGAAAUCACUCACUGUGGGCAAAUGAAAAGAAAAUACCGAGUAUGCAACGUUACCAGAAGACCAGCAAGUCACCAAACAUUUCCUCUUCAGCAGGAGAGUGGUCAGACUGUUGAAUGCACUGUAGCUCAAUAUUUUAAGGACAGGCACAAAUUGGUAUUACGCUAUCCUCAUCUUCCAUGUUUACAAGUUGGUCAGGAGCAGAAACACACAUACCUUCCCCUAGAGGUAUGCAAUAUAGUUGCAGGACAGAGAUGUAUUAAGAAGCUGACAGACAAUCAAACUUCUACAAUGAUUAGAGCAACGGCGAGAUCAGCCCCAGAUCGUCAAGAAGAGAUCAGCAAAUUGAUGCGAAGUGCAAGUUUUAAUACUGACCCUUUUGUUCGUGAAUUUGGGAUUAUGGUCAAAGAUGAAAUGACAGAUGUCAUGGGGAGAGUGUUACAGCCACCUUCAAUUCUCUAUGGAGGCCGGAACAAAGCAAUUGCUACCCCAGUACAAGGGGUUUGGGAUAUGCGGAACAAACAGUUUCAUACUGGCAUCGAAAUAAAGGUCUGGGCCAUUGCUUGCUUUGCUCCCCAACGUCAGUGCACCGAAGUCCAUCUUAAGACCUUCACGGAACAACUAAGGAAGAUAUCAAGAGAUGCGGGAAUGCCCAUCCAGGGCCAACCUUGUUUCUGUAAAUAUGCCCAGGGAGCAGACAGUGUGGAGCCAAUGUUCCGCCACCUCAAGAACACCUAUGCUGGCCUGCAGCUUGUGGUUGUCAUUCUGCCUGGGAAAACCCCUGUUUAUGCGGAAGUGAAGCGCGUUGGUGAUACCGUGUUAGGAAUGGCCACGCAGUGCGUGCAGAUGAAAAAUGUGCAAAGGACCACCCCACAAACCCUUUCCAACUUGUGCUUAAAGAUCAAUGUCAAACUAGGAGGCGUAAAUAACAUCUUAUUGCCACAAGGAAGGCCUCCAGUAUUUCAGCAGCCUGUCAUCUUCCUGGGUGCAGAUGUCACUCAUCCACCAGCUGGAGAUGGGAAAAAACCAUCUAUUGCUGCUGUUGUAGGCAGCAUGGAUGCCCAUCCGAAUCGCUACUGUGCCACUGUGAGGGUCCAGCAGCAUCGCCAAGAAAUAAUUCAAGACUUGGCUGCCAUGGUGAGGGAGCUGCUGAUCCAGUUCUACAAAUCAACCCGAUUCAAGCCAACUCGGAUUAUUUUCUACAGAGAUGGUGUCUCCGAGGGGCAGUUCCAACAGGUUCUUCAUCAUGAAUUGCUGGCUAUCCGAGAAGCGUGCAUUAAGCUAGAGAAGGAUUAUCAGCCUGGGAUUACGUUCAUUGUUGUGCAGAAAAGGCAUCACACCAGACUGUUUUGCACGGACAAAAAUGAAAGAGUUGGGAAAAGUGGAAACAUUCCAGCAGGUACAACUGUGGACACAAAAAUCACCCACCCUUCGGAGUUUGACUUUUAUCUGUGUAGUCAUGCUGGUAUUCAGGGCACAAGCAGACCGUCUCACUACCACGUUCUCUGGGAUGACAAUCGCUUCUCUUCAGAUGAACUCCAGAUCCUCACUUACCAGCUGUGCCAUACGUAUGUGCGUUGUACUCGUUCUGUUUCAAUCCCUGCACCAGCAUACUAUGCACACCUGGUUGCCUUCAGAGCCAGGUACCACUUGGUGGAUAAAGAGCAUGACAGUGCUGAAGGAAGCCACACUUCUGGGCAGAGCAACGGCAGAGAUCAUCAAGCCCUUGCGAAAGCUGUUCAGGUCCACCAGGAUACAUUGCGCACCAUGUACUUCGCUUGACACGUGGCCAUGAUUGGAGGAACUCAGUUCUGAGUUGGAUUCACAGGAGACCAGCUGCACUUAGACCAACAGUUGCCCAAGCUACAGUGACAGCCAGCAAGGAGUGACAAAUCUUUAUUUUUAAAUUGGGGGUGGGUGGGGGGGCGGGAUGAUGAUCAUGAUGAUUGUGAUUCUGUUUGCAAGAAAGCCUUUCAUCCAGAAUUUCAAACUUGAGUGUGAACUACAGACCUGUACAAAAUUGCACAGCUUUUAGAUAUGUGGAUUUGCCAAAAUCAAAAGCUGCUUGUCAGGAUAAAAGGAAAAAAAAAUUGAAAACCCACAUUUUCUAACUAACUAGAGCUGUGAUCUCAGGGCUAAAAACAACACUUCUCAUUUUAGUUACGACUUUUUCAGAUACGCUUGUUUGUAAUAAUCUGAAAAAUAUCCAAAAGAUCAGAUUGAACAGGCCUGGGAAAAACUAUGAAUUUGCUUUUAUUCCUUAAAAAACAAAGCACUAGUUUUGAUGCCAUUGAAGUCUUUGAUCAUUCUGGAUGCAUUUGUAAAAUGUUUUUGUACUGAGAUGCAAGAGGAGUAAGUGAACCCUGGUUUGUCCUUUGCCAUCUUAUUGAUAAGGAGUCUGUGAAGGUCUCUGGGCAAAAAUGUAUUUUUGAAGUUAGUUCUUGAAUGUCUUUCAUUGUGCUGUUUAAAUUUUUUGUAGGAUGAGUUGUGGAAUUAUUUCAGUUACAAAAAGAAGUUUACCUAUACUUUUUUUUAGGUCCACUAAAAGAUUAGUGAAGUGUGCCACUUUUUAAAAAAAGUUUAUUUUUUCUUAAAAUAAUCCAUUUUGAUUACUAAUCAUGGAGUUUGUCCUAUAGGACUGUGACACUUAAUUUUCCAAAGCUUUUCUAAAGAAUACGGGUCUGUGGUGAUACAGUACAAUCUCUUUCACUGUUAUGUUUGAAUUAAUGUAAGAUUUAUAUAUGUUUCACAGUAUUAACAUGAUAGCAUAGAUACUAUUUAUAUUUAUUUACUAAAGAGUGCUCAACCUAGUUCUGUUUAACAUAUCAGAAACUGAAGAAUGCUUUGGAGUUUUAAAGUGGGAAGCUUAUACGUGGACAAGAAGGACUUGGGUCAGAUUCACCAAUCUCAGCUUUUUGCAGCAGGUUCCCUGUUCAUUUCAGCGAGGCUUGCGUAGGAUACCUUAUCCACAUCUCCUUGAAGUGAAUGAAGAACUGGACCUGAUGUAUUGUCCCUUUAAAAAACAGGAAUAUGCAACCGCCUUGUGUGGCAAGGGAGGGAUGUGCUUGGUGUUUAUAUCAUUUUUUUAACUUGUAUCUUGGAAGGAUGUAGGAGAAUUCACAGGCAUAGUUUAGACAAGAACAUCAAAGGAAGUUUCAUAGUUCAUUCAAGCACAUACAUUAUUUUUUUCUGUUAGGUCAUCUGAGUCACAGAAACGGAAGGAAAGAGAUCUGUGUUUAUUUGAGCAGGGAAGUGACGUAAUACAUAACAUGAACAAAAUGCGUUAAGCGGGAAGGCUGUUCUCUUUGGAGAAGGCGAAUCCCCCCAGAGGCCUGCUAGAAAGAAAGAAAAGCUUCUCUUACUGUGCACAAGAUCCAUCAGGCCAAAUAUUCACAGCUGCUGUUGCACUAAUGAUAACAACAAGAACACUACUAAAAUACUGUGGGUUAGGAAGCUGCCUUCCUCUUCCAGUCUUCUAGGACUUUAAAAAAAGGGAGAAAAACUAAAUACAUCCAGGCAUUAUUAAGUAAUUCUGAAAAUCUUUCUGGAAACCUUAGUAAGAUUUGGUUUCAUUUCCUUUCUUCUGAAUUGCAGUGCAGCCAUCACUGGGAGGUACUCUUCCGUGCCUCCGUUCAGUGACACGCCGAAAAUGAGAUUAAGCUGGGCUUGGGAUCUUAGGCUUGGUUGGACUGAUUGAUGUUGUCUGAGCGAGAUAAAUGCUAUAAAAACAUUUUAAGGCCCUGGUGCACAUUUUAUGCCAGUUAAUGACUGCAGCUCUAGAAAGCUGUACCUCGUGUUGCCAGCGGAUGCACCUGAAAAACAGGUUUUAUAGGAGGGAGUAUUUCAGGUCGUAUACAGAAUGUCUUAAAAUUUUGUAAGCUGCAUUUCCAGCAGCUUAACAGGUUUAAGAAGAGACGAGAGAUUUAAGGCAGUAUUUUUAGUCACUCUGUUCUGGAAAGCAAGAUUGCAGCAUUUCCUGUUUAAUCUUACUAUGUCUGUCUGUCUGUCUUUUUCCUUGAUGGAUUUGUUGCACUUUCCAGAUGGUGUUAAGGGAUAAACUGAAAUGUGAAGUCCUACUUGAGAGCCAGUGAACAAACUGGUUUUAUAAGUGAGCGUCUGGGGUGAGAUCACGUGUAGCUUCUCUACUGAUAAAUGCCCUAAAUUUUCCAGGAGGGAGUGUCUUUCCCUCUGCAGCUUCUCAGAUGCCCAUAAAAUCUGCUCUGUGGAGUUUAAAGUAGAAGUGGAAAAUGAUGUCCAGGUUGGAAAGAAAUCAGAAAGGGAGAGGAAUCAUUUUUAAAUAUGUUGCACCCUGUUUUCAAAUUGAAAUAAAACACCACUAAAAUUCAUAAGCAUUUUCAUACACAUUUCUCCUUUCUUCUGUGCACUUUUCCUUAUAUUUGUGCUUUCACAAUUUUUCCCUACUAUGAGAUAUAUUUUACAUUAUCUCACUAAUCCAACAUUUCUAAUGCCUUCUUUUAUUUGGAAAACUGCCUCUAAGUCCUGGGAAAGUGCAUAUAUUAAAGGAUAAUUAUGAAUAUAGCUCAUGGGUAAUUUUGUGGAGUAAGAAUUAAGUAAGUUUGGUCUAGCGGUUAAGGCUCCAGGCUAGAAACCAGGAGCCUGAGAGUUCUAGUCCCACCUUGGGCAGGAAAGCCGGCUGGGUGACCUUGGGCCAAUCAUUAUCUCUCAGCCCAACCCACCUCACAGGGUUGUUGUGAGGAAAAGAGGAGGAAAUAGUAUUAGGUAUGUUAGCUGCCUUGAGUUAUUUAUAAAAAAAUAAAUAAAGGUGGGAUAAAAAAUUUAUAAAAAACUAUUGGUUUAGGCAGAUUAUUGGGUUAGGAGCUGCAGAGGAAAGACAGAGUCCAUCCUAUAGGCCAGUGUUUCUCAACCUUGGCAACUUCGAGGUGUGUGGACUUCAACUCCCAGAAUUCCCCACCUAACUGCUGGCUGGGGAGUUCUGGAAGUCCACAGACCUUAAUGUUGCCAUGUUUGAGAAACACUGCUACAGCCAGAGAGCUGUACACAUAAAAUAGGAUUUCAUUCCUGCUAUUAAAGUUCUGUCUUAAAUAGCUUUCUCUUCUAGGCAGCACUUAAGUUAAUAUACAGUCUUUGUUGUUGUUGUUCUCCUUAAUCUUCAAGAUGCAUCAGGUGGAAAGAGCUGAGCUAAAGUGAUGGAAUCUUUUUUGUCUUCCUAACCACAUAAACCUAAUCUAACAGCAGUUUUUAGUGCCUGCUAACUAGCCACAGGCUCAAAUAACAACAGCUGGAUCUAGGUGCUUCUUGGUAGUAAUUUCGUCGUUUUCUGUUGUUAUACUGAGUCCUGAAACAGAUUCCUCAACGUGCAGAUAUUUAUACCCACAGUUAUUGGUCUGUGUGCAGCAGUUUUGUAUACAUAUCUUUCUGGAUGGAAGGAAUGUGAUGAGUUACUGAAAGCUUGAUAUUACUGUGAUAGAGAGGGGAAAUGCACUUUCUCUCUCUCUCUCUUUUUAACUUUCCAUACAGUAAAAACGCUUUUAAUCGUUCCUUCUUAAAUGCGUGGCAAGCGGGGAACGGAGGGGGUUGUUAAAUUUUUUUGAAAAACUGACAAUGCACUUUGAAAAUGCAGGGCGCUCUGAAUAUGCACAGGAACUGGUUUUUUUUCUUUUUCUCUUUUUGGUAAUAUAUGCAGAAACCAAAACUCCAAAUUGAAACAAAAGGAUACAACUUUCUAAGUAGCUCUUUAUUGCAAUGAUUCUUGUAAGCACACCAGUAUCUCAGGUGAACGAUUUCAUUUUGGAGAGAUCCCAAAUAUUCUCCGUGAGAACCGAGGUGAAUAGCUUUUGAAAAGGGGGGGGGGCAGGGAGGAGAAAUCCAAGGAGUGGAUGUGCUUUUAAAUCUGAUCUUUUUAUCACUGGAAUUGUUUUAUAACAAAAUCGGUUCUGAUACUUAUUUGGCUUUCUUUUUAAAAACCCUUCUUUUAGAGAAAGAAUGUUUUGAAAAAUACCUUCAAUGCAACUUUUACCAAUUAUGGCAAUGUUCAGUUGUAGCCAAGCAGCUCAUGCAGAAUGAUAUGUCUUGCAGUUACUACUGUCUUUCUGACAUUCAGCUUUGGGGAUUAGUCUCUGCUGCAAGAUUUUUUGGACAGUGCGCAAAUUAAAGAGCCAUGUGCAGGCAAACAGUGAACUGUGACUUCAGCUCUGUCAACCUGUCAUGAGUAAUGAUGGCGAGCAGGAAGGGGCUCCCAUCCAGGGUGGAAAACGCAUGCGUAGUACUGAGGAAUUAAGCAGCCAUUCAAAGAGACACAGAUCAGGCCCGCCUUAGCUUUUGGGGUUUAUAUGUCUGGGUUUUUCCCACGCUUCUUCAGUUUGUUAGGAUUCUGUUAUGUAGCAGUAAUAAACACUAGAGAACUAUUCCUCGUCUCAUUGUGAUUCUCACUGUUAGGACACAACCAGUUGAUUUGCAAUUGAUCUUAUGUUGCUCAGUUCAAAAUACCAUAUUUCAGACAGCGUGGGGAAGGGGUGUUCACAUAGGCUUCAAAUUUGCCAGCUGUAAUUGUGAGUUUCCCACUUACCCUAAUAUUAAAUGUUUUAGUACAGUUGAGAUGCAAGGAGGAGGAGGAGGACAGCAGUGAAUGGAAACACUGUCCUUCUGGAGUGACUGGAGCCAUUUUAUUUUUAAAAGCAAAAUGUACUCUGUUUGGUCUCUUGUGCCUUUUUAAAUGCCUGCUCACGAGGCAGAAAGGAUUGAAGCUUUCUGGCACAUGGGAGUGGGGGGGGGGCUGCUCCCUUCUGCUCAUAGCUGGGGUUAUCCAAGGUGGUGAUGUGGAGAGAUUUGUGGUGGAAUUUCCCCCUUCCUCUUCAGAGUUGCUGGCCAGGUUCUUUGGAUUUAAGUGCAAGUAUAAGUCUUAUAUACUGGCUUUUAUAUCUGUUUUGGUGCUGACUUGGCUGGGAUAUGCCAUACUAUACCUUCAAAGGCCUAUAGCUAAAUAUGGAAUAUGUCAACAUUUGCCACUGGCUGUUGGUGGUGCUUCACAGACAGAAGUUGAGAAGCUGAUGUAGGAGGGAGAUGGGUCCUUGAAGUGCGUGUGUCGCUCCCUCCCAUCUUUUCCAUUGUUUUUCACAUGUAUAAAUUGAAAGAGGACCUUUUUUCUGUAACAGAUGAGCCUGCCCUUGUGCCUAAAAUCCCGUUAACAAAUUGUAGCAGUGAGGUGGACAUCCAGGUAUGGUUAGAGGAUGGGAGGUCAAAAUGUUGAAGAUAGAUACCUCUGUUGUAACUCAUCCUGCUUGGCGUAGGAUUGGUAGAUGUUUCCUAAAAACAGGCCAGGAAACAGGGCCAUGUUUCUCAUCACUCAGGCAUAUCCCUAGAAGGCUAGAAAGGCUUUGAAAGCCUGGAACAAGGAUUGAUUGAUUAUGUGCCAUCAAGUCAGUGUCAACUCUUAGCAACCACAUAGAUAGAUUUUCUCCAGGACCUGGAACAAGGAAGGAAAGGGUAAUUGAAAGUAGACAAGUAGUAAGACAAUGUAACAAAACUAAGCCUUACCUUUUGAAAGGGAAAGAAAAUUCCCACCCCUUGAAGAUGGAAUUGGGGCUUCUGAAAAAUAGAUGCAACAUAGGAAGCUGCCUUAACACAGCUCAGAUUUUUAAUUCAUUUGCUCUGGAAGGGCUUUUCAAGUUCUCAUUCAGCAUGUGGUAGGCUUAGUUUUUUAAACUAAGACACUUGAAGUGAAAUUGGGAUUUUUCUGCAUGCAGAGAUGUGCUCUGCUGCUGACCUAUAGCAUCUAUGCAGAAUUCGCACCCCCCCUUUUAAACUAACACAUUAAAUUUUCCAAUCUAUCUAUGUUAGUGGUUUGCAGAAAAUUUCCCAGGAAUAAGCAAGAUUGGAUUUUGUGUGUGUAGAUAGAAAUAUAGCCACUUGCGUUAAUGUUUAGACAAUAGAUCCAGCAGCAUUAUAAGCCAUAAAGUCUUCACACGUAAGGAAAGGAAUGUAAAUACGUUGUCUAUAAUCAAGAGAAGUUGUAGGUUGAGUUACAUUUUUUAUUUGAGUGUGUUUUCUAAAUGCCAUCCCCCCUCUUGUUUAAAUGACAGCUUUGCAAGUCUGAGAAUGCUCUUUGUGGCCAAGGGUGAUGGUACUGUGUAUCUUCCUUUACAUUUGUGCUCAUUGAGAACUUGCUUUUAAAGGCAUCUUAGCCAUCAUUGCUUAGAAAAAACUCAAGUGGGACAUAAUUGCACUGAUCCUUUUUUACUGUAACCGACUUUCUGUUUGCAUCUGCUGUAGCUGUUGGCAUAUACUGUACAGUGUUAGGGCUCACCGGGAGAGGAAUGAUCUGCCUUCGUUGUUAUGUUUGUAUAGCAAAUGGCAUUGUUUUACAGUAUUAAGAGAAGAUCUGAAUGCAUGUGGUAGUCUCUGCAGCUUUUCCAUCUGAGUGUGACUGGCAAAUCCUCAAAGGCCAGUGUCUGCUUAUUUUGCUUUAUACGUUUGGUGAAUUUUUGCCUGCCUAUAUCUGUCAUUUCUUUCCUCCAAAAUGCACUUUGUUUGUAAAACAUACUUCUCUCCCCAUCUCGGCUCCCCAAACAUAAUUGGAAAUAUAGAGCUCUCCAGUGCAAAGUUAAACUGCCUUCUUGAUUGUCAUCCAUGGCUCUCUGUUACAGAAAGUGCAGAUUCUGUGAUAGUGGGGGACGUGAUCCAUCUAAGACUUUUUUGUAGAACUGUGGGCUGAACCAAACAGUCACGGUAGCAGCUGCAACUGGUGACUAGAAAGCAAAAGAGAAGCUUUUGCUUCAUUGCUGCUUUAUUCCUGCUCAGAUGCCCCUUGACAACUGCAUGUUUAUAAAGUGGGCAGCCGUAUGAAUAGCUGUGACUUGGAAGUGAAUUCGGUGCUUCUGCAUCCAGUGAUGCUCAAGGAAUAAAUCAUCUCUCUCAAUAAAGUAAACUAUUCUCUCCCAAGUAAACUAUUUUAAUAUGUUUUGUCCUGGCACCAGUGGCGAGAUUGUCCCAUCAGUUUUUUUGGUGCCAAAUGAUGAGACUCUCCCAUCUGUUUCUUUAGGUGCCAGUCACUCUGUCCUACUGAAGAGUUUUCUGAUCUGCUUGUUCAGAGUGCCAGAUCUCAUUGCACCCGUUUAAAUUUUUGCAUUCUUUUUCCUGUUUUUUUUCCUGAAAGUUUAAUAGGAAAGAUGGUUUGAUCAGGUUGCAGUAUACCAUUCCUCAUGUAGCAAGCAGAUUCAAGACUACCUCCUACUUUCUUUGAAAGAGAUUAUCAUGUUUUUCUUUCUAAAAUGCAAUUUCAUGUUACUUGAAAAUAGCCAAAUUUCACCAAAGGUCCUGAACUGCAUGCCCAGUUCACUUCUGAGGUGCCAUAUUCUUUGCAAAAUAUGAGGCAAUGUUUCUAAAGAGUGAGUUUGAUCCCAUUUUUUCUUACUGGACAAUACUGCGAUUUUGCACCAGUAUUAUGAAGUUAUGUUAGAAUACAUGAAAGAAUGUAGGCAUUACAUUUCCUUCCAAUGUUUUUUUCCUUCCAGUGUGUUUUCCUUCCAAUGAAAUCCAUUGCAAUGUUGAAUGCAGCUUGGUUUAAUUUAUUUUUCUAUGGUGUUGACAAAAACAAAUUGAUCCCUUGGGCACGCAAAAUUAGCGAGUGAAUAAAGAAGGUGCUUCAGACGUUUUGAUUUUAUUCUACGGCUAAAUUAUGUGUUAAAUAUCUAAAGGUAUUCGGUAAUUUUUCUUAAAACUUUAUCCUUGAAAAAGUGUUUUUGCUUACUCAAGUUAUUAUAUAUACCCUCAAAUGUGCAGGAAAUGUUUCUUGAAUAUCUAUAAUAUUAGCAUGUUCUAUUUCGUAGUACACAGAUUUGGUCACAGCUAAGAUUUUAAAAUGAAAGGUGCUUUUACCUCAAACUGUAGAAAACUUCUGGUUGAAAAAUGGGGUGGGAAAUAUGGAUAUUGUAGUCCAUAUGGCCACCUUUAGAACUGUUAUCCAUAAAUUGCUGACUAGUUAAUGCAAAUCAACUUGAGUUCUGGGAUUAGGAUGUUAUUAACAGAGUGGUCUAAAAUGUUGGUGAAAUUUAUUAUCCUGAAAUAGUCCUGCCUUUAAAUGGUUUGCAUAUGAUUUGUUUACCAUGUCCACCAUCCCUUGGCAAUCAGAUAGAGGAGAAGGAAAUGCUUACAGUGGUUGUUCUCUAGAAGGCUACCUGAGGUCUUCUCCAAUCCUUGGACUAGUCUUUGGUCUUUCAACUGGAGCUUCCACGAUGCCAUAGCCCAAUCUAUUUUUUGAAAAUUCCUCUGAAUUUCAAAGGCUGGUUGACAUGAAGCACAAAGGGCAUUGUAUUUCAAAGAAUAAAGACUUACACCCCUCCUGUACAUUUUCAUUUUGGAAUAUAAGAAGUUGCCGUUUAUUAAGCCAGCUAGUUGACCCAUCUUUGCUCCAUAUUGCCUUCUUAGUAACUGGCAGCAGCUUUCCAGCAAAAAGGAGAGGCUUUUUCCUGCCCUACCUAGAGAUGCCAUGGAGUGAAGUAGAUAUCUUUGCAGGUUUGAACAUGUGCUAUGUUCCUGAGCUACAUCUCUUUUCUAUUAAGAAUUCUUUGUAGACCAUGGCCUUUAUCCUUAGUCUGAAAGUCACAUAAUGACUCCCUGCCGACUGCAUACGGCAAAUAGUCAACAAGGGGAAUUCCUGUUCAGAACUCACUGCUAACUUAAUAGAGGCAACAUCUGGUACAUUUGUAUACAUGGUGGACUAUCCCGUUCCACCUAUCCCUUUCCAUUCCUGAGAAUGAAAUUCAGUAAGUGUGCUUUUACCAUGUGCUCCCCAGACUAGCUUCUGAUUUUGCAAACCAUAGUUUUAAGGGAGUUGGCACUGCAGUUUUUAGUGCUGGGGAAAGGGAAACUGCGAUGCUUGAAUGAUCCUGGCUGGUGUUUGUUCCUUUUUCCCCAUUAAAGGUAAAGGUAAAGGUUUCCCUUGACAUUAAGUCCAGUCGUGUCCGACUCUAGGGGGUGGUGCUCAUCUCCGUUUCAAAGCCGAAGAGCCGGUGUUUGUCCGUAGACACUUCUGUGGUCAUGUGGCCAGCAUGAUUUUGGUGCUGAUUAUGAUGAUCCUCAUAAUGUUCAAGGUUGGAGUCAUCCCACCAAAUCUGAUGAAAAAAGGAGCAACCACCAAACUGGCAAAGAGGCCAAGCCUAUUAUAAACAGUGCUUUUAAAAGCAGGGAGCAUUCUUUCUCUGCCUAUGUUCAGAAUCUAUCAAAGCUCCUGCUAGGAGGAGCUUGAGGCCAAUUUCUUAGAAGACGGCAUCUCUCCAUUAUGGAUUCUUACAGGAGUUGCUGGAGCAUGAGAUGUCAAGUAGGGUGAUGCAGAGGGUGAUGCGGCUGAGUGAGCUUGUAAGUCCCCAAUUUUUGAGGAGACACAUUUGUUGUUUUGAGAACCUGUUACGAGCCCUCUCGCAAAGCAGAUGCCAGGAUGAGCGUGGCACCCAUUGAUCAGAAGGGGAACUGGGAAUGUGACUACCGCUCCCUCCUGCCUCCCAAGAUGUUCUCUGUCACUUCAGCUUGUCUUUGUGGUUCCUUCUGGACACACUUCCAAAGGACUGUUCUGAAGCCCCCUAACAUUUUUAUUUUCUAAAAAUUCUUCUGAUCUCUGUAUAGGGUCCAGAGGAUUCUUGGGAAAAAGGUGAUGCCUUUUCAAUUAACUGAGACUUUAUAUUUAGUCAAAAGGAUCUUUGAAUAGAAUAAAGCUGAGCAAGACAGAGAGCUUGAUAGGAGAUGCGCUUUCCUAGAUACGACUUCCAUCCUCUAAUGGGGAGGCUUUGAAUAUAAGCAGAUUUUCUUAAAACUGAGCAGAACAGUGUCUCAGUACUCCGAAGAUGAUAUCCAGAACAUAAAAGCUGCUUAAAGAAAAAGACACGGCUUUGUUGCUCUCCUUUGUAAAGAAAGAAACAAGACCUACCUCUGAUCAUAAUAAGCUGGCAGUGAUGUGCACACCUGUAAGUUGAGAGGAUGAAAGACAACGGACCGCAAACGUUGCUGGUUUCUUCCUUAACUUCCAUUUCUUGCUGAUAGAAGCUGAUGAUGAUGAAUUCUGUGUUUUUUCAGGAGAUGUGUUAACUCCACCAUCCCCCCCCCACCCUUCUUGUUGUGUCUUGUAAAAGCCACAGUGUCUUCUGUUGCCCCCGAGGGCUAAUUCACCCAUUAAGGAAUUUUAGGUAUUUGUGCAUCCAAGGUGUAAAUGUUAGAUACGUAUCAGAGAAGUCCAUGAGUUGGAGCUAAAGCGGCGCACCUUUCUUGCUGAAUGUGGCUUCUGGGUGACGUAUGUAGUUUUGUUGCGUGUGAAAUAGUCUUGAAACUCCACUUUUAAAUAACUUUGUAGACCUCAUAGACGAAGUGAUUAUUUCAUCUAAUACCUACUAAUCCAUAGUAGUAAAACAUAGUAGGAGGAUUUGGUACAAGAACCUGAGGAAGGAAAGAAUCUGAUGAAAUUUGAUUUUUAAGCUUUGGUAUGCAUAAGAUUUCAUGGACAUGUCCUGGGAAUAUUUUAAGUUGUUUAUAAUAAACUCUUUCAGCGUUUUUUGAAUUCAAACUUUGGGUGGGACCCAGACUAAACACCCCUGAAGGAAUGGGACAUGUUUGAGAGAGCUUGUCCUCUUGAUUUCCUUGGGAUCCAAGCCCCAUUCCACUUGAUCUCCUCUCAACAAACUGGAUUCAGAAUAACAUACCGCUGAGAACUUACACAUACCCACGCUCACAGGAAUCGAAUACCCCCCAAAGAGAAAGGUGGUGGCUGGCCUUAUUUCAAAUGGUACUUAAGCAUACUUAGAGCACAAUCCUAUACAUGUCUACUCAACAGUAAGGCUCAUUCAGGGGAGCUUACCUCCAGGAGGAUAGACAUUGGAUUGCAGCCUUAACAAGUGUAUACCUUUUCAGUGUUCACGGGCUCUGCAGAACUGUAAAAUUAGCACUUGAGGAAACAGCAUUUUUUUUUCUCUGUUUAUCAAUGUUGUAGAUUGUACCUUUCAUUCUGUACAUUUUUUAAAAGCUCCGUGUCGGAGAAUUUGUAUUAUUGAUGUAUAUACUUCAAGCAGUUUUAAUUAUGUGCUUGCUAGAUUGCUGUGUGGGGUGAUGUGUCUUUUAUCUUAUGCCUUAACAAAUAUAUUAAAUUAGUUCAAAAUCAGAAUAUGCAAAAACGUGUGUUUUAAAAAAAUACUAUUUUUCUGAGAAGGCACAAGAUUUUUUUUUUAAUUAAACAUUUCUAUCCUUAAAACCAAUCUGUUACUGAGGAUGCAAUGUAGGCUCCUCGUUCCUAAAUUUUUUACAAUUAUACCCUGGAUUUGACUCCAGGGUAUGGCUGCACAGUUGUUCCAAAUGUAGGGUUGUGAUAUGUGGAGAAAAUUCUAAGUAAUUUGAUCAAAUUCUUUUUAAAGGGCUAGCUAGGGGAUUAAUAUAGCGUGAUUCAUUUCCCCGACUAAAAUGCUAUGUGGAAGAGAAGUCUGCUUAUUUUUAAAUACAAAAAUCUGUUGAAACCUGUGUAAUUGUGUUUUUCACACCUUACAGCUGACAUUGAAUCCUUUCACCUUCACUAUUAAUUAGAAUGGCAAAUCAGUUGGUGAGGACCCAGCUCCCUUUCCAGUUUGGAUCUACCUCAGAUUAAGCAGUUGGGUGCUAAUUUAUUGAAAUUAUCAUUGAGAUUAUCCAAAGUGACCAAACAGUAUGUGAUGAUUUGUCGUUGGGAGACAAGGACGAUUUGGAGUUUCCUCUUUCUUAGAAAGCAACCUAUGGAUUAUUUUUGUCUUUGUGCCUUUUAUGUUGUGAGUCCCAGUGCAUAGCAAAAUCAAGUCAUACUCCUAUCUGAGCAGUGAAAUUUUCAUCAGAGUAAAACUGCAAACUGUCAGAUUUCUAAAAAAAGAAAAAAAAUAGUGUAUUUUUUGCAUAUUAAACUAUAAAAAUGUGUAACAAUAGAAUGCUGGUAAUGUGGAAAGGUUUCUUGAAAUUAAAAAACAGACGUUGACACCUUGAUCCCACACUAUUCUGUGCAUGUGCUUGUAUGGUGAGGCCCAGAUGUUUUUGACCUAGUUGCCCAGGACGAGGGAGCUGGCCAUUUCACCAGGGGCCUCAGCCAAGCUCUGAAUGGGCUGCCCCACGGAAGCAGAUUUGCUCCUCUCUUGAAAACAUAUUGCUGCAUUUGGAUAAUCAGAAUAACUGCUUCUUAGGCCAAGAUCUUCCUGAGUCUCCUGUGCUUCUUUACAUGAGCAGUGGAAUCCACAGGAGGCUCAUCAAGUGAGUCUGCCGUUUCAUCCAGCCUGGAAAACUAUGGUUAAAAGUCUCUUACGUAUGCCUGCUUAUUUGGAAUCCCUUAACCCUGGUCCUGGUUCGGAUGUUAUAGAAAGCUAUAGAGAAUUGUUUCCUUGCCUUGUCCCUCACCCAAAGGGAUGGCCAAACAGCCUUAGUUUAUUGAGAUUUGCUAGUUUUGGUGAGCUCUGUGUAUGUGAAAGUGUGUGUGUGUAUAUACGUGACUACCCAUAUAUACACCCUACACAGGCCUGUAUAUAAUAAGUGGAAGUGGAGUAUGAAUCUAUGUCAGGAAAGGGAAUAAAACAUCAAAGUAAUGUUCUGCAUGAUUGAAUACCCUUUUAUAUAAAAGGUUUUUUUAUUAUUUUUGUGGGAGAUUGAGUUGUAAUAGACUAUUUUUUUUAAAACGGAAAUUUGACUUGAUAAACAGAAACCAAUACAGCAUGGAAAUCUUUUCCUUUAAAAGAUUAUUCAUUUUAAUAUUGGCAAAAAAAAACACACACACAACCCAAAAUGCUACAUCCUAAGGAGUUUAUUUGGUUUGCUGCAGGCAGACUCAAAACAACAAGAAAAAUAACAUGCUACAGAACUGCCCCGACGGGUCUGUUAGAAAAGCUAUAUUUUAUAAAAGAGUAACCAUCCUUUUCGUAUGCUGCACAUACACGAUCAGUAUCAUUGCACUUUUUCAAUAAUGUCCUGUAAUUGGCUUACGGUAAAGAAUUUUAAAAUGUUUUUAAUACAGCAUACCAUAGUACUUUGGGCAGAAGGUAAGAAGACUUACAGGUACCUCAAGAUUGAAACACGAGCCUGAAUAUGCUGCAUUUUGUUCCUUUUAUUUCAGAGAGCUUUGGGGCGGGGGGUGUCCGUUAGUUGUAUUGUUACUGGCUACCUAGCUUUUAAAUUUGUAUUACUGUUGGCUCAGCUAAAGAAUUUAGAAUCGGUCUCUCUUCACUCUGAUCCUUUCUUGGUGUUAGUCCAAUGUUGAUAUCAAGUCUGCCUUGCAUUGUAGACUGUUGCAGUAACUGUUUUUACACAAUGGAUUUUGAGAAAAAGGAUCCCAAGGCGGUAAAACAGGCGAUACAUGGUCCCUCGUGAUGCACACUUGCAUUAUCGUGGUUUGCCAUAAUUGAAAGUGAGAGGGGUAGUUUGUUGUUUUCCAAUUGGAAAAAAGCAAAUCUUAAUGGUUUGAUCUCUAAUACUGAUUUCUUGACCAAGAACUAAGCUAACAAGCCAGCUAGGACAACCCUAGUGGUGAAGCUGAGCCACACUUGCACCAAAAUCAUACUUGCUCUGUAUAUGGAAUCAGUACCCAAGCUAACGUGAGCAACACUUGUCUUGUUGCUUAGGUACCAUGGAUCCAAUUUGCUUAAUCUGGACUUUUUCAUUCCCCAGAUGGGUUGUAACAUGGAUGAAGAGGGAGGAAUUUGGGAAGUGGGGGUGGGUGGGGAGAGAAAAACACAGAAGGAAGCUUAAAAAAAAACUGUGAAAAGCCACAUUUAUUGUCCUGUUUUUAAGCUUGGGCGAUUCCUCUUUCCAUGUUUGUUUUACAGCUUGCUAGUAAAAAUACUUUGCACUACUUCUGCAAUAAAAUGACAAACUAACCUUAUACUUUGGUUUCUUCUUGUGUAUGUGUGUGUAUAUACUAUAAAGUGCUACUAAAGAUUUAGCAUAGUGUUUUUUUUUUACCUCCACACCAUAAGACAUGUAACAAGCUCAAAAUGCUGUAAAUCUUGAUGAAACAUGUGAAUGAUAUUUUAUAAAGUUAUUUUGUAUGGUGUCAAUUUUGUUUCUGCCUCAUAGUAUGUCAAUAAAUUACUCAUAUUUACACAUUCAAAA